AUGCCCGCUGUUGGCCUCUGCCUUCGCAGCUCGCCCCGCGCAGCCUCGCUCGCCUGCUACCGCGCCCGGGCCCUGUCCCCACUGGCGCUUCCCGCGUUCCCCCACUCGCCUUUCACUGCUCCGCCCCACCCCUGCCCUCGCUUGCGCGACCGCCUGCAACGGCUGUCGCCGGCCACCCCCCUGUCGCGAGCGCUCGCCGUCGCAGACACGCGCGCCUCCCCUGGCCGUUGCGCGCCGCCCCGCACCUCCCCGGCCACGAGCCGCGACCCGCUCGGCCCCUCCGCGCUCGUUGGCCGGCGCCCCGCCGCGCCCACGCGCCCACGCGCUCGUGCGUUCGGGCAGGCGCCCACGCCUGCACCCGCGCGGCCGAUACCCGCUCGCGCAGUGCCCACUAAACCCUCUGUGGGCCACUGA